AUGCCACUACGUUGGUCGUGGGCCACGAAACUGUUUGUCCUGGUAGCAUUACCUCUUUUCCUUCUUAUUACCGCCGGCAUUGUCGGACUCGUCUAUGACUUUUCAGAGGACCCAAUUUAUGUUCGUGGCCCAAGCGUUUUCGGGGUCCCAGCAGAUGAAGUUAACAUCAAAACCCGAGACAACGUGGAGAUUCACGGAUGGCUUCUGAAACGACCGGAUGCCCAGAAAGCGCCAACCUUUAUCUCCUUCCCAGGGAACUACGGCUAUAAGGGUUUACGUCUAGGCCAUGCCACAAGGCUCUACGAGCUCGGCGCAAAUGUUCUCCUUGUGGAUUAUAGAGGAUUUGGCCACAGCGGCGGAUCCCCCACGGAGGAGGGUGUAUACCGUGACGCUGAUGCUGCCUUAGAUUUCAUUUUGAACAGCCAAGACGUUAAUAACAAGGAUAUAUUCGUUGUGGGUCACAGCAUGGGCGGUGCUGUGGCAAUAGAUCUUGCAAGUCGCAGGGGUUCUCAGAUCACAGGUCUGGUGGUGGAGAACACCUUCACAUCGCUGAGAGAUAUUGCAUACGAUAAGUUCCCUGAACUGCGUUACAUUAGAUGGGUGCUCGAAUUGGCACAGAGAUGCUACAUGUCAAACAUUGACAAAGUCCGUACUUUGACUGUGCCAACCUUCUUUCUAAGCGGAAGGGAGGACAAGCAAAUUCCUCCUUCGCACACAGACCGACUUUUUGAUGCAUGCAGCGCUCCGCUGAAAUGGUUGGAGAGAGUGGAGAAUGGAGGUCACGAAAGCAGUCAUGAAAUGAAUAUAGAGCGGUGGGGGGACAGGAUGCAAAGUUUCAUUGAUGAAGCCAAAGCGGCUAAAGUUGAGUCUCUCACUAAAGGUGAGCACUUAGCCUCUAAAGGUAGCGAAGAAGUUGAUAUGACCUCGACGAAACUGGAUGCAGGAGACAGGAAGGCUGGCGAACUCCAGGAAAAGCAAGCGCUUCUGUCUGUUCCGUUGAUGCUGUGUAGCCUCAUAAUGUAUGCAUACCUGGCCUCAAUGGAUCGCCACAAAAGAAAAGGAAACGAAAGGAAUUUCAUGCUGGUGGACGUUCCCGUUGACACAAGAGGGCAGCAGAUGGACAAUGCUCAUCGGCACAAUCUUUCAGAUGAAGCUCCUCCUGGCUUUUUCGAGAAAACUCCUAUGAACGGGUGA